CGAUCAGUUGCUAACUUACGGCGGCAGCGAACAGUUUUGCGAAUGCGCAGACGCGCCAUCCGUUUCGACGUCGACUACUCCGACUAAAUAUAUGUACACACAUAUAUAUUUAGUUAAUGUUAUUUUUGUUGUUGUUUGUGGUAGGCAAACAGGCAGGCAGGCAAGCAGGCAAUCAGGCGAGUCGCAGCCAUCGCCAGUGUCAAGUUUACAGUUCCCCAGUGAUGCCAUAACCACACACACGCACACACACACACACAUCCACACAUAAUAUAUUCCAAUUCGAAAUCCAAGGCGGCUCAACCACAAUGCGUCACAAUCUUUGGCUCAAAAGGCGGCUGCAGUUACUCGCAUCGAUGCUGCUCUGCGCACUACUUGGCUACCUUACCUCAGCGGCCGUGGCCAAGCCGACGCUAUCGUUCAGCCUGCCCCAGGGACUACAGGGAUUCCCCUCAAUACAAUCCUUCACACAGCAAAUCAUCGAACAGCGUAGCGUAAGGCAAAUGAAGACGUACAGUGGGAAGCGUGUGAGCAACGAUUCACUCAUUAUGAUAUACUAUCACGAUCUGACAAUAGCUGUCACAGAGCUGGGACCCCAGAAGCUGCUAUUGGGCUGCGAACUCAUCGAAAUCUACAAUGACAAGGAGGGUAAAAUGCUACUCGAAGGACUCUCCCAUUAUAAUCGGCCGCUUGAGAUCAAAUUCAGUGAAAUGCUCAAGCUGAUGAAUCAAUGUGAGCAAGUGGAUAAACUAACCUAUGCAUCCCAACAUCGUGGCAAAUCGGAAAAUGGUAACGAAAGAAGUAGCAGUAGCAGCACCGGAACCAGCACCAGCUCCAGCUCCGGCACUUCACCCAAUGAUGGGGCCCUCAAAUUGGCCUCAAAUAUAUUUCCACGCAGUCCCUUCUCCCUGCUGAGUGGCAUUAUACCAGGAACUAAAUGGUGCGGCACUGGUGAUAUAGCUGAAACCUAUAGUGAUCUGGGCAGUGAGAUGACCAUGGAUCGCUGUUGUCGCCAGCAUGAUCUGUGUCCGGUGAAGAUACGAGCCUAUCAAAAGAAAUACGAGCUAAUGAAUGACUCGCUCUAUACCAAAUCCCAUUGCAUCUGCGAUGACAUGUUGUUCUCAUGCCUCAAGAUGACCAACACUUCGGCCUCACAGCUAAUGGGCUCCAUCUAUUUCAAUCUGGUGCAAGUCCCGUGUCUGGAUGGGCGAAGUAAUCAAUAUAAAUUCCGUGCGGCCAAGGAAGGAUUCUAGGCAUACUGCUAUGGGAUAUACUAGGUGGUCGGGGGGCGAAUUUAAU